CUCACGCUAAUUGACGCUAUGACGUUAUCAAUAUUUGCGUUGGUAACUCUCUAACAUACAGUUACGGUUGAUAUGCAGUCAAGGCUACAUCAGUCUGUUUAAAUCAGUGUCACUUGCUACUCGAAACAAGCAAGAUGAGCAUCAUACUGAUAUCUCUGAUUCUCGGAGCGCUUGUAGCUCUGUAUUUCUACCUGACGCAAAAUUUCAAAUAUUGGCAGAAACGUGGAAUUCCGUGCCCGAAUGGAGCCUGGCCAGUGGUCGGUCAUAUGCUGCCGGUAGUCUGCAUGAGAACGACAGCCUCCGAGCAUAUUGCCAAAAUUUACAAAGACUAUAAAAACCAGAGUUUAGUUGGAUUCUACAAUUUUUCGUCACCGUCGUUGAUAGUCAUCGAACCAGAAUUAGUGAAAACGGUGCUGCAGACGAACUUUGCGAGUUUUAACAAAAAUUCCUUUCAGGCCGAUCCGGAUUUGGAUCCUCUCGUGGCGCACAAUCCCUUUUCUUUAACCGGUGAUAAAUGGCUAGCCGCCAGGAAACGUUUGACUUACGCGUUCUCCAGUAUGCGAUUGAAAAUCCUACUGGAGAACGUUAAACCGGUGUGUGUGUUGUUCGAAAAUUAUCUGGACAGCAAAAUAAGCAAAACUGGAAAGGUGGAGCUGGAGCUCAAGGAUCUGUUUUCAAGAUUCACCGCGCAAGUGGUGGCUAACGCUGGUUUCGGCGUGGACGGAUAUUGCUUUGACGAUGAGAAAGAGAACGUGUCUUUUCGAAAAAUCGGCGCUGCUAUUCUAGAGCCAAAUCUACGAACUAAAAUCGUGUUUACCAUAAUAUUUGUCGCCCCAGUGUUAAAAAAAUUAUUAAAAUUAAGAUUUAUACCGAAGCACAUCGAUCACUUCUUUCGCACUUUGGUCGCGGAACUUAUAGAGCAAAGAAGAACGGACAAGAUACCCAGAAAUGAUUUUCUUCACUUGAUGGUUGAAUUGGAAAAGCUAGAAGGUGAUAAAUUUGACUUAGAGAUAAUAGCGUCUCAUGCGUUGUCGUUUGUCGUGGAUGGCUAUGAGACUUCCAGUACAGUUAUGAGUUUUGUCGUCUAUCAAUUAGCUACUCACUCAGAAGUACAGGAGAAAUUACGCGAAGAGAUUGUAUCGGUGCUCAACAAGUACAAUGAUGAAAUCACAUACGAAGGCUUGAAGGAAAUGACUUACAUGGAUCAGAUUCUUAGUGAGACGCAGAGACUUACACCCGCGGCGGGAUUCCUGACGAAGAUUUGCACGGAGGAGUUCGAGCUAAAAGGAUCCGACGGACUCGUGUGUCGCGUGCAGCCCGGAACUCAAGUUCAGAUUUGCUUAGAUGGUUUGCAUAAUGAUCCUCAAUAUUGGAGUAAUCCCGAGAUAUUCGAUCCCGAGAGAUUCACACCGGAAAAUAAACAGAGCAUUAACAGAUUCGCCUUUCUUCCUUUUGGCGAGGGUCCACGUAUCUGUCCGGGAAUGAGGAUGGCUGUGUUGCAAAUAAAAGCGGGUCUGGCUGCAUUCUUGAGAAAAUACAGCUUGGAGCUUUCGCCUAAGACAAAAGUUCCCUUGGAAAUGAUCCCCGGUAGUAUUUUACCAUCCCCAAUAGGUGGUUUAUGGGCCACCAUUAGAAAACUUUGAUCGCAAAUAUCUUUAUCUGUUAAAAAUCGGAUUUGAAUUUUUUUUUAAUGUCAAAAUGUAAAAUUUGUAAGAACUUUUUAUGUAGAAUAAAAAGUAAUUUAGUAUUUUGCUUGACCUUCGUAGCAUCCUGAAAAGCAAACUCAUGCGUAAAUUAUAGUAUAAAAUAUAUAGGUACAACGUGUGCGUUUAAAAAACAGAAAGAUGAAAUAAAUAUGAAAUCUGCUAACUCUUUCGAAUAACUUUUUUCGCUUAUUAUGUGCAUUUAUUUUAUAUUUAUCAUUUCAAUCACGUAAAUUGUUUUGUAUAUCGAUAUAAAUCUUUUUUUGCAUUUAAUCACUUAUUACAUGUAGUAAUCAAUUUUUUAUGUCCUCAUAAAAACACACAACUUUAUCGUUUGUAUCUAAAUAUAAAUGUAGUAGCACAUUAUCGAGUGGAUGAUAAACGCUUCUUGUAAUAUCCUGAUAAACAAACUCAUGCGUAAAUUGUAGUAUAAGAUAUGUACGUGUGUGUUUAAGAGACAGAAAAAUAAAAUAAUAUAAAAUAUA